ACUUUUUAUGCCUCAGCCGAAAUAUUCUAGCAUUAUACACUACAAUAUUAUAGGGAUCGGUUCUAAUUAGAGUAUUUUUCUUGCAUGGAGCUCUAUAAGGUUUACAGGGCUUUUAUAUAUACGGGGAUUUCAACAAUAGGUGCAAUCUUGCAGUUCAAAAUUCCAAGUUGUGACCUCAUGAAGGCUACUCUUAAGUAUUUGGUAGGCAUUGCUGGUCCAAGUGGUUAUGGUUCUAAAACAACUGCAGAACAAGUUACUCAAAAUUGCUCUACCUCCCUUGCUUCUCAGCUUACCGCAAUUAUCACUGGUGCAACAUCUGGAAUCGGAGUAGAAACAGCAAGGGUGCUGGCAAAGAGGGGUGUAAGAUUAAUAAUUCCAGCAAGGGACUUGAAGAAGGCAGCCAUGUUAAAGGAAGCCAUUCAAAAACAGAGUCCCUGGGCUGACAUUAUUUUAUUGGAGAUAGACUUGAGUUCAUUUGCUUCCAUUCAAAAAUUUUGUGCACACUUCUUGUCUUUAGGACUGCCUCUUCACAUUCUCAUAAAUAAUGCAGGGAAAUUUUCACAGAAGUUGAAGUUUUCUGAAGACAAAUUUGAGCUCUCAUUUGCCACAAACUACUUAGGUCAUUUCCUGCUGACAGAAAUGCUAUUAGAUAAGAUGGUAGAGACAGCAGAGCAGACAGGGAUUGAAGGAAGGAUUGUAAAUGUUAGUUCCGUGGUUCACAACUGGGUCAAAAGAGAUCAUUUUUGCUUCAGCCAAAUGCUCAAUCCUAAGAAUUAUAAUGGCACUCGUGCAUAUGCUCAGUCAAAAUUGGCCAACAUUUUACAUGCCAAGGAAUUGUCAAGACAGCUAAAGGCAAGAAAUGCAAAUGUAGCUAUCAAUGCUGUCCAUCCAGGUAUUGUGAAAACAGGAAUAACAAGGGAUCAUAAAGGCUUUAUCACAGAUUCUCUCUAUUUUAUGGCAUCAAAACUUCUAAAGUCAACAUCACAGGGUUCGGCAAGUACAUGCUAUUUAGCACUGAACGAACAAACAAGGGGAGUAAGUGGAAAAUACUAUGCAGAUUGCAAUGAAUGUCAUUGCUCAGCUUUAGCUAAUGAUCAAAUUGAAGCUCAUAAACUUUGGAAGCACACUCGUGCUCUAAUUCAUCGAAGUUGCUUUCACCUGUGAAAUGAUAAUCCUUUUUUAAAAACAAAUUUAAAAAAUUGGGAGUGGUAGACCUGUAAAUAUAUAGAUAUACACUUUGUACAUCCAUGAAGUCAGAAAAGAAGAUCACACUAUAAAAUCAUAUGAGUGAAAAAAUUUCAUUGGAAUACAUAAAGACUUUAUAUCUUUUCGGUGGUCCUAAACAAUUAUUAUGUACUAUAUCACGCUUCCCCUUUUCUUUUUGCACUUUGAAUAUUCAAACAAGCAAUUUGCUACGUUCAAAAAACACCAUUAAUACACCUUUAC